AGUCUGAGGGUAAUGAGCGCCGCCGCAGCAGCUCGGCCCUACCUGUCCUCCGGUUCUCGUUAAGCUUGGAGUCGAGUUAGCGGCUCUACCGGCGUCAUUCCGUUGUGUUCUGGUCCAAUGGAGGCCGCGGUGCUGAACCACGCCGUGGACUGCAACAGCAACACCCUGAACGCCGAGCUGGAGGUGAAGAAGCUGCAGGAGCUGGUCCGGAAGCUGGAGCGGCAGAACAAGCAGCUGCGGACCCGCUGCUCGUCCCCUACCUCGGCGUGCACGCUCGGCACCGCCGGGGGAUACCGCCUCCCGAGCCCGCUGCCAACCCUGCUGUGCCAGUCGUCCUUGGGGUCGUUCUCGCCCCCGGAGGAGCCUUUCGACUAUUUCCACCCGCACUCAUGCGGAGAUGGAGAGGAGGAGGAGGAGGAGGAGGACGACGAGGACGGAUCCGAGCCGUCGGCUCUGGAUGAGCUGGAACUUUUGGAUUUCGAUUCUCUGGGCUGCUCGGACGAGUCUGACGAGACAUGGUUGUACGUGUCAUCCAAAGCCAGAGGGUCCAGAGAUGACCCCCUCCCGCCUCUGCAGUGGUGCCGGCGGCUUCUGGAAUCUCCCAAAUCGGAGGUGGAGGCCGCCAGAAGGUCACUGUCCCUCCGCCUGGAACAAGUCUCCAGGUGGCGCCGCUCCCUGUCCUGCCCCUCCCCCGCCUCCUCCCCGGGCCCCCCUCUGAGUCGAGUGUCGCCCGUCAGUUCUUCCCCUUCCGCCAAACCCUGCUCCACUCCCCAGUGGUCUGAGCGACACGCUCCAUGCCUCUCCUCCCCACUCCACCCGGUCCUCCGUCGGGCGCUGAGUCCUGUGGGGCAGGGUCUCUCCCCUGCGUCCGAGAGGACUCCCACGUUCUUCCCCGCCAACCGCAGCCGCAGCCUCCGACUCUCCGGCCUCAGUCCCCAGUCAUCCAUGGAUGGAGAGCUCAGUGCUGCGGGGCUGGAGGACGACUCCAUCACUCUGGGAUACAAACUGCAAGACCUCACCGAUGUCCAGGUCAUGGCCCGACUGCAGGAGGAGAGUCUAAGGCAGGACUACGCCAGCACGUCGUCCCUCCUGGCCAACCGCCGCAGCCAGAGCUUCACCUUCCAGCUCAGCGCCGGCCCCGGCCUGGACGAGGAAGACGAGGAGGAGGACGACGAAGACUACGGCCUCCUGCCCCCGCCGCAGCCGCGCCUCACCCGCCUGCAGCACUCCCACACCUUCUCCAGCAUCCGAGACUGGCGAAGAAGCACCAGUUCCCUGUCCACCCCGCCUUCCACCCCGUCCACUCCGCCGUACCCUUCCGCUGGGUUCGCCUUUCAACCUCAGCUCCAGCCCCUGGGACUAGGACUGGGACCAGGACUGGGACUGGGACCAGGACUGGGACUGGGACUGGGCAGCCUCUGCACAGCCGAGCAGCAUGGGUUCAGACCAGGAUCAGAUAAGCUGCGAAGGAGCAUGCCUAACCUUGUCAGAGCUCCCAGCAUGCCGAGUGUGCCCAGUCCAACCAAUCCCAGUGCUUCCCCUGCUUUGCUUCGUAACAGCCAGAGUUUUGAUUCGUCCAGCGGGUUGGCUCGACUGCAGUCCUCCAUCCCCUCCCCGGGCCAGCUGCAGAACCGGGUCCAGAGCGUCGGGAACUUCUCCACGUUGUCACGGAAGCCGCUGAAGGCCACCGCCUACGUCAGUCCCACCAUCAAGGGCUCUGCCUCCGUGCCGAUCCCCGCCGGCCCCCAGUGUCUGAAUAUUGGCAGCGGCAUCCCUAUGCUCAGUAAACCUCCAGGUGGAGGGGGGACGCCAGCCUCCACCCCCAACACGCCCCGGAGGAGCCUGCCCCGCCCCGCCUCUUUUGUUGGCACCCAAAGCUCCACCGCCCGGAGCAAGGUGGGCCAACAAUCACGGAGUUUACUGACGCCUCCAAAGAGCUUGUCCACCCUGAGUGCCCUUCGUGACAGCAACUGGAGAGACGGCUGCUACUGAUGAGUGGCGCAGUGGCGACCCCGCUGGCUGGGGUAAGCCACUGCACCUCGACGUAAACCUUCUUCCUCUGGGACGUUUGACUGGGUUUGACCAAAAAGCAACUGGACCCUACAAUCUGCAUGAGUCCUGCAUAGAAUAGUUUCCUGUUAUCCAAAAGGGCCCCAGCUGAACUGAUCCCUCAUGUCAUCCGUUUCAAUUCUAUGCAGAAUCUCUUCGGGGAAGGCGGGUUGUGCGAGUGUCUGAUUUUACCGACUGCUCGACACUCUUGAGUUCGGUGUGUGCCAAGAGGGAGUUGUUCCCUGUUGCCCUUGUGCAAUAAACCACUGGCUGUGGGCUACUGGUAAUACUAACCUGUCUAAAGAGGGCUGCCAGUUUUUAAUGAAAAAAGCCUCACAAUACUGUGUAUUUAUAUAUUUAUUUUAAAUGAAUUUUUUUUUUUUUUUAACUAAUCAGGUGUUUUUCCCUCUGGCAACAAGCGCCAAUGAUGCUGCUAAAAAUGAAUCGGCUCCUGUUAGUUUGGGCACAUUUGGUCUAAUUUUUACAAGACGUUAAAAGUACGUAUUUGUGUACAAAGCUAAAUAUUAAGUGUGUUAAUUAUAUAUUAUUAUACGAUUUAUAUAUGGUUGAAUUUUAUGUGUGACCAAAAGUAAAAUGUCUGACUGUUUACAAAAUUGUCUCACCAUAAAAGCUGUGCAUAUUUACACUUUAAAAUUGUUUAACACCCUAUAAGGGAUCUAUUCCUGUUGCACUUUGUACAAAUCUCUGAACUCACUGAUAUUGUUAUGUUCUGUUUGCUAACGUUUGCACUUUCUUUUACAUUUGACCUUCUGGAUUUAGGGGGAGAAAACGGUUAAUUAAAUGUCUUUUUGGGAGAUUUCAGUUAUUACAGGGCACAAUGUAGCACCCUUGUUUGUAAUAUUGUAUUUAAAUGACCGUCACAAAGUGGCACAUUUCACAAAAUCCUGACACUUUUGGUACUGUGAUGGACUAAAUGAAUGAAGCUUUUAAUAAAAAAACACUGAAUUAAAAGUG